UCUGCCUGAGUUCCUUUCUCUCUGUCUCUCUCUCUGUACAGUGAUACUCAUUGAAGAGAAUAAGUGAUGGGCUGGUUUCCCUGUACUGGGAAAUCAAGCAAAAAUGCAAAGGAGACUUUGAAGGAGAGGCCUCUUGAUCAGAUCUCAUCAUCUUCUGAUAAAACAAAGCCAAAUUCGGCAUUGGAUGUGAAUAAGGAGACCUCAAAAGAUGGAGGCUCUGAUCAAAUUGCAGUACAUACAUUUUUGUUUCGUGAAUUGGCUGCUGCAACAAAGAAUUUUAGGGCAGAUUGUCUUUUGGGAGAAGGUGGUUUUGGCAGAGUAUAUAAAGGGAAAUUGGAAAGAACUAAUCAGGUUGUAGCUAUCAAGCAACUUGAUCGUAAUGGGCUACAAGGCAACAGGGAAUUCCUUGUUGAAGUAUUAAUGUUGAGCCUACUUCACCAUCCUAAUCUUGUUAACUUGAUUGGCUACUGUGCUGAUGGAGAUCAAAGACUUUUGGUUUAUGAAUACAUGCCAUUGGGAUCUUUGGAAGACCAUGUACAUGACCUCCCACCUGAUAAAAAACGACUUGACUGGAAUACAAGAAUGAAGAUAGCUGCAGGUGCUGCAAAGGGCUUGGAGUACUUGCACGACAAAGCUAAUCCCCCUGUUAUAUAUCGUGAUUUGAAAUGCUCAAACAUUUUACUCGGUGAAGGUUAUCAUCCCAAGCUGUCUGAUUUUGGUUUGGCAAAACUGGGUCCUGUAGGAGACAAAACCCAUGUAUCCACUAGAGUGAUGGGAACAUAUGGAUAUUGUGCACCUGAAUAUGCAAUGACAGGUCAGCUUACACUUAAAUCAGAUGUUUAUAGCUUUGGUGUUGUUCUUCUUGAGAUUAUUACUGGAAGGAAAGCUAUUGACAAUUCAAGAGCUGCCGGGGAGCAUAACCUUGUUGCAUGGGCACGGCCAUUGUUCAAAGAUCGAAGGAAGUUCACACAGAUGGCUGAUCCAUUACUGCAAGGCCAGUAUCCAGUGAGGGGCUUAUACCAAGCUCUGGCUGUUGCUGCAAUGUGUGUUCAAGAACAGUCAAAUAUGCGACCCCUUAUAGCAGAUGUAGUCACAGCCCUUACUUAUCUUGCUUCCCAAAUGUAUGAUCCUGAGACCCAACCGGUCCGACCUUAUCGCCCAGGCUCAUCCACUCCUAGAACUAGAAGGGAACCGUGAAUUUUGUAGCCUGCAAGAGAAGGAUUUAUCAGGAACAGUAAUCUAAGAAGGUUCAUUUCCCUGGAAACCAAUGACCAGAUUGCUGUCACCCUGCAGGCUGUGGCAAUACAGAGUGCAUUGUCUAUGAUCAGGUUCAUAGUCAGCUGCUGCACAGAUCAGAUUUUGUUACUCCAGUUAGCCAGGUGCAAUGCCCAGGAACUAUUCUGUUUUAUGCAAUAGAUGAUUCUUUUUUUUUUUUUUUUUUUUUUUUUUCCUUUUUCAGCGUUAUUAUUGAUUUAUUUUCACAUCUUGCGUACCUUCUACAAUAUUUUUUCAUGUAUCUAUCAUUUAUAUAUGUUUAUUGAUAUUACUCCUUCCAUCUCUCAAAGAUAGGCUUGUUUAUAACUUAUCCAGCCUUGUAGAGCAUCAGCUUUUUCUAUAUUGUUAUUGAUAUUACUCCUUCCAUUUCAUAAA